GGGUGCACUAUAAAUGCGUCUCCUUCGCACAUUAUUUUCAGUGCAGUGCAAGUUAAAAUAGCUCAGCGCUACCACUCCUAAGCUUGCUUCCAAUCCCUUCUCUUGAGAGCUAGCAAGCUCUUACAAAGCAAAGCGAUGGCCAUUAGUCCCGACACUCUGGCUUUUGUAUUUGGCCUUUUAGGGAAUGUUAUCUCCUUUAUGGUCUUCCUAGCUCCACUGCCAACGUUUUACAAGAUAUACAAGAAAAAAUCGGCGGAAGGGUAUCAGGCCUUACCUUAUGUGGUUGCACUGUUCAGCGCCAUGCUUUGGAUUUACUACGCCCUUCUCAAGACAAAGGCCACCUUUCUUAUUACCAUCAACUCCUUUGGGUGUGUGAUUGAGACCCUUUACAUCCUUCUAUUUCUGUAUUACGCGCCGCGAAAGUCAAGGUUCCAAACGGCGAAGCUGCUAGUGUUGUUGAAUGUUUUGGGGUUCGGGUUGAUGCUGGGUUUGACUCUUGCUUUAGCCAAAGGAGAGAAGCGUCUCCAGGUUCUUGGUUGGAUAUGCUUGGUGUUUAAUCUCAGUGUGUUCGCCGCACCCCUUUUCAUCAUGAGUAAAGUGAUAAGGACUAAGAGCGUGGAGUACAUGCCUUUUGCAUUGUCGUUCUUUCUCACUCUCAAUGCAGUCAUGUGGUUCUUUUACGGCCUUCUUCUCAAAGACUAUUACAUUGCGCUGCCGAACGUGGUAGGGUUCGUGUUUGGCAUAAUCCAGAUGAUCAUGUACGUGAUAUACAAGAAUGCCGGGAAGAAAUUAAGCAGUAAUAAGRCGAAGGCGGCGGCGGCAGGUGCAGAAGAGGCGCCAAAGCUUCACGAACUGUCGGAACACAUAAUCGACGUCGUGAAGUUGGGGACGAUGGUGUGCACUGAACUGAGCCCUGUGGGCGUGGGCGUUCUUCACCCAAAUGUGGAGGUGGUGGACGCUGUGGUGGAAGCAGUUAUCGACAACAUCCAAAAGAAGAGCGAAAAGAAAUUAGAACCCGCCGCCCCCGCCGAUAUUAUUGUCAAGGCUUAGGCUAAUUAAUAGUUUUUACUGUGAUUGGUACGGUGUCGACUAGUGGUGGGGGCCGGGGUAAGUUUAGUUAGUUCAGUAAUUAGUUUAUGGUCAUCAAUUAACUUAUUAAUUUAGAGUACGUAGUAGAUAUUUGGGUUUGGGUUUGGGUUUGGGUUUGGGUUUGUGUUUGUGUUCUGUGGUUUGUUGUUAACUUGUACCCAUAGUCAAGUCAAGUCAAGAGAGGCGAGCAAACCCAGAGGCGGAGCCAUGGCGCCCUCUCUCUAUGUUUGUUUUCUUUGUAGUUUGUACUCUAACUUUUUAGUUUUAUUCAAAAUUAAUAAACCCUUUAUUCUUAUA